AUGGAUCUCUUUAUUUAUAAUAGGUCCCACCGCCUGUGGAUCUGCCGCCCAUGUGGAUUUGCUGUUGCUGUUGCAAAUGUCCUCACCCACCUGGCUAAGCGGCACCGCAACCAUCCCUCGGCCGCGACGGCAGGUCUCCGGGAGGCCGCAGUGGCUGCGAUGAUGCAGGACCAGCUGGAGCCGGUGUUUGACCGCACUCAGAAACCCUGUUGCCCACCGCCUCCGGAGAGUGCUCCAGUCCGAGCUGGUGGUACCAAGCUCAACGUAAUCCCUUGGCGGCAUGCCGCCAUUGCCAUCUCGCGUAUGCACCUGUCCUGUAGAGGGUUCAAGCGGGAAUAUGAGGCAGAUGAUGCGGCAGUAGACCAGCAGGCAGGCCAUGGAUCCUCGGCUGCAGGUACAGUAUAUGCGCGGGGGCUGCAGGAGGCACCAGGCCACAUUAAGGAACGGCGUGUGCGGUACCAGGCUGUCAGCCGGGAGUGGCAUGAAUUCCUGGGGUUUAACCCAGGGGUGCGAAAGCGGGCACGGAACAUGGAAAAGAGCGUUAGCAGAAAAGCUCAAAAACAGCAGCCAUCAUAUGUAACAGUAGAAAUAGAUGACAACAUAGAGCUAUAA